GAUAAUUUAUAGUGAACAUUUAAGAUCUAUCCAGCACAGUAACAGAGAGGAUACACAGAGCAGUGUACAAUGCUUCCUCGGCUCCUGCUUCUGGGACUAAUCGUGCUUUUCUUCACUGGAGCAGUGGUAGGAAAACUGCAUUAUGCUGUCAUUGUCCCUUCAGAGAUCCAAGCUUUGCGUUCUCAGCUUGCUUGUUUGCACGUGAACGGCGCAACGAGUCAGACCAGUGUAAAGCUCACCCUUAGCAUGAGCAGUCAACAAACAACACUAAUGGAAAAGACAUUUCAGGCGAAAGAAAUGUUUUCAUGUAUUCCAUUCCAGGCUCCAAAAUCCACUAAUAAUGAUGAUGAAGUUGCUACAAUAAAUGUUUUUAUUGAAACUACAUGUGACUCAAUAACCAGGCAAACAAAUGUUCUCCUGAAGAAGCAAAGGUCCAAUAUUGUCGUCCAAACAGACAAACCUGUGUACAAACCAGGACAAACUGUGAAAUUCCGGGUAUUAUCACUAAAAGAAAAUCUCCAGCCAGAUUUACAUAAGAUUCCGUUCAUUGAAUUACAGGAUCCAGAAAAGAACCGUAUCGGGCAAUGGCUGAAUGUGACUCCAAAUCAGGGAAUUUCCGAUUUCUCCUUUGCUCUUUCACCAGAACCCAUUCUGGGAGAUUAUACCAUCAUGAUCAAACACACUGCCCAUAUCUUCAGUGUGGGUGAAUAUGUUCUUCCAAAGUUCGAGGCCAUUCUUGAGAUCCCUUCAGUGAUCAUGUUUAACAGUGCCAAGUUCCCGGUUAAAAUAUGUGGCAGGUAUACAUAUGGUAAACCAGUCCAAGGUGUAUGUCAUGCUAGUCUUUGCCGAAAAAAAAAAUAUCGCUAUCACUACUGGUAUGGGGAACCUAUUGACGAUUUGCCAAACAAUCUGUGUCACAACAUCACUGGAAAGUUGGACAGAUCUGGCUGCUUUAGAACAGAAGUGAAUUCUCAGCAUUUAAAUCUAACUAAAUCGAAUAUGGAAAUGAGCAUGGAAGGCACAGCUUCAGUCAUAGAGGAUGGCACAGGUAUUGAGAUAUCCACAUCCAGUAGAACUACAAUAUCAAAUGUAAUCAAAAUAGUGUCCUUUGUUAACCCUGUUACAACUUACAAGCCGGGGAUUCCAUACAUUGGGAUGCUGAAGCUUGAAGAUGCCACUGGCCAACCUAUCCCAGACAACAGGAUCUAUCUCACCUAUAGUAAUAGUAGAUUUAAGAAAACACUGGUAACUGAUGAGAAUGGUUACGCUUCCUUCAAGCUAGAUAAUACAAUCGCCUGGAUCGGACGCACUUACUUAACGGCCAAGACAAUUGAGAUGUAUCAGUCAUACAGAUAUUCUGAAAUUAUCAAGCCGCUAUAUAGCUUUGCAGAUCUCUUCCUUCGACCCUUCUACUCUGCCAGUAACAGUUUCCUUGAGAUACACUCCCUGACUAAGGUUCUACCAUGUGAUGGUAACCAGAAAAUACAAGUAGAUUAUAUUAUUAAACAAACAGUACUAAAUGCAGAGAUCAAGAGUUUGGAUUUACAUUAUUUGGUGGCUUCUAAAGCUUCUCUCUGGGAUGCUGGAACUAUAGAAAUACUUGUAGAACGUGAAAGUGAAGAUCUGAUGGGCACGACCUCAUUUAACCUCCCACUAAGUGCGGAUGUGUCUCCAAAUCUUCAAGUCCUUGUAUAUAUUUUACUAUCAAAUGGGGAGAUUGUUGCUGAUUUAGCCAAAAUUAAAGUUGAGAUAUGCCUGAAAAAUAAAGUAUCAGUUGGGUUCUCCACAGGUGAAGUCCUCCCUGGAUCAAAUGUUUAUUUACAGAUUCAGGCAGGAGCUGGAUCCCUCUGUGGUAUUAGAGUUGUGGACCAGAGUGUGGUAUUAAUGAAACCUGAAAGAGAGCUGACAGCUGAUAAAGUUCGUUCUCUAUUUCCCUUUAAUGAUUUCGGAACAUACGAUUAUCGAAUACAAGAAUAUGAAGAUUUUUGUUUACCUGCCGGAGGUGUCUCCAUUGCUGGCCGUCAAACUAUUUAUUCCAGUAGAUCAUUUUAUCCAGUAUUUUCUGGUUAUUAUGCAGAAAUGUAUGAGUUGUUUAAGAAAAUUCGUUUAAAAAUAAUGACAAACACUGAAAUAAAAAAACCUGUACAUUGCUAUAGGAGAUAUAAACGUCAAAUGAGUGAUGGCACGGAAGAAGAUGGUUCAGGAUUUGAAACACAAGAUGGAAAUAGAGUUCCAGAUGGACCAAAAAAGGAGGAAAAAGUCAGAAAAUAUUUCCCUGAGACAUGGAUAUGGCAGCUAAUGCCUGUGGGAGACUCAAGCAGUGCUGAGCUCCAUCAAACAGCUCCAGACACCAUCACAGAAUGGAAUGGGGGGGCAUUUUGCAUGGGACCCAGUGGAUUUGGUAUCUCCUCCCCAGCCUCCCUCCGGGUGUUUCAGCCAUUUUUUGUGGAUCUUACCCUGCCUUACUCUGUGGUCCAUGGCGAGUCCUUCACCCUCAAAGCCUCUGUGUUUAGCUAUUUAAAGGAGUGUAUAAAGGUGAAAAUUUCACUAGAGCAAUCUGAGGAGUUAGAUGAGGAUCCCUGUAUGGACUGUCAGCGUACUAGCUGUCUGGGUGCAGAUACAAGUAAAACCUUCUAUUGGAACCUGAAAGCCAAAAAACUGGGAGAAGUGAAUAUAACUGUCCGGACAGAAGCUGUAGAUACCCAAGAUUUAUGUGAUAAUGAGCUGCCUAUUGUUCCUAAACAGGGGAGCAUCGACAUUGUGAUUAAACCACUUCUUGUAAAGCCUGGAGGCAUUCUAGAGGAAAAAUCUCACAGCUCCCUGAUCUGCAAUAACAAAGGUGAAGAUCUGGGAAGGGAAGAUAUCUCAUUGAAGGUGCCUGAGAACACAAUUAAUGAUUCUGUGAGAGCUUAUGUUACAGUUUUAGGAGAUCAGAUGGGAAAAGCCAUGCAGAACCUGGACAGAUUGCUGGCCAUGCCAUGUGGCUGUGGGGAACAAAACAUGGUGCUCUUUGUCCCCAAUAUUUUCAUUUUACAGUAUCUGGAGAAGACUCACCAACUGAAUGAUGAGAUCCAGAAUAAAGCCAAGACUUUUCUAGAGACUGGAUACCAAGGAGAGCUCACCUACAAACAUAAUGAUGGAUCAUACAGUGCGUUUGGAAAAAGUGAUCGAGAGGGAAACACAUGGUUGACUGCUUUUGUAGUAAAGUCUUUCAGUAAGGCCCGUCCCUACAUCUUCAUUGAUGAAAGUCAUCUAACUCAUUCUUUUAAUUGGUUGAGAAACCACCGCAAUGACAGUGGCUGUUUCCUUAGCAUUGGGAAACUCUUCAAUAAUGCAAUGAAGGGUGGAGUUGAUGAUGACAUUUCUCUUUCGGCUUUUGUAACAAUAGCUCUUUUGGAGUCAGAUGUACCUCCAAAGGAUCCUUUGGUUGGAGAUGCUUUAUCUUGUCUGAGGAAGGCUGCAGUGGAUGUAAGUAACGUAUACACACAGGCUCUCCUGGCUUAUACUUUCACUUUGGCUGGAGAAACAGAUCUCAGACAACAACUGAUGGAAAAAUUAAAUAAACAAGCUGUGAGAAAAAAUGGGCAGCUUCACUGGGAGCGUCAGUCUAGCACCCAUGAGUCUGAUCUUUCAAUUUGGGAUCGUGCUUCCUCUGCAGAGGUGGAACUAACCUCAUACAUGCUCCUGACCAUGCUUUAUGGACCAGAAAAAGACCUGGGCAGAGCCUCAGAGAUAGUGAACUGGCUAAACAAGCAGCAGAAUCCAUAUGGGGGAUUCUCAUCCACACAGGACACUGUUGUAAGUCUCCAGGCUCUGGCUAAAUAUGCAGAAGUUACAUUCAGUGACAAGGGGGAUGUGACAGUCACAGUCCAGUCCCAAACAGGAGUUAUGAAGUUCCAUGUGGAUAAUACAAAUAGACUCCUUCUACAGAGUAUGCCACUGCUUGACAUUCCUUGUGAAUACACACUAACAGCCACAGGAAUUGGUUGUGUCUAUGUACAAACUGUCUUGAGAUACAAUGUCCCCCCACCUAGAAGUGAUGCCACAUUUGCAAUGAGCGUAAAUGUAAGACCAGAUCAGUGUCCUGCUGAGUCGGUGACAAAGCUUCAGAUUCACAUCACUGCUGAGUAUACAGGAUCCCGGGAGAAGUCCAAUAUGGCCAUUAUUGAGGUUAAGAUGCUGUCUGGCUUUAUCCCAGUAAAGACCUCAGUGAGGGAGCUGGAGAAGAGCACAGUGAUACAGAAAAGUGACAUUCAAAUGGACAUGGUGACCAUGUAUUUGGAUGAACUGGGACACACACCUCUUAAUCUCUCCUUCAUAGUGGAGCAGGACAUUGAAGUAAAAAAUCUGAAGCCCGCCUCCGUGAAAAUCUAUGAUUAUUAUGAGACUGGAGAAUAUGCAAUAGCUGAAUACAACUCUCCUUGUGGUUCUGAUGAGGAUACAAACAAUUAAAACUGAAGAAUGAAGAAACCAUAAUUUCAAUAAUGUUCUAGAUAAUAAUAAGAUCAUACCCAAUGGAAUACAUUUGCAUAAUUUAUGUAACCCUGAAUUAAAUAUGUUUCAUUUCUUUAA